CCGUAGGACUAGCGAAUGGGAUCCGGAAGCAGUGGGUCAGGCAGCCGGACCGGAGCCUACAGGCAGUCACUACUCCUAUCCAAAGCGUGUAUCGUCGGUGCACAGAGAAUCAUCAUGUCGGCUGGACUACUUGCUAAACCUCAGAUGAGAGGCCUUCUGGGUAAACGCCUCCGGUUCCAUAUUAUUGGUGCUUUCGCUGUCUCUCUCGGGGUUGUUGCUUUGUAUAAGUUUGGAGUGGCAGAGCCAAGGAAGAGGGCGUACGCUGACUACUAUAAGAACUUUGAUUCAAUGAAGGAGUAUGAAGCCAUGAGGGAAGCAGGUGUAUUCCAAAGCGUCCGACCAAAAGGCCAAUAGAGUGCAGCCAUUAGCAGGUAAUGAGCCCAGCCCGCUAUCAGUAGGGUUAACUACCAGCAUCGGUGGAUUUAUUUGCAAACGUCAUGUACAAAAUGCAGCACAGAACAUGGUUUUGGGUUUCUGUUAAAUGGGUGUGGUGGGUUUUUGGUCACAUAUUUACUGCAGCUAGUAGCGCUUUCCCUAUAGGCUGUGGCAUUGGCAAGGGAAGCGCGGUUAGUGUGAGUACAGCUUGUAUAGGCUAGUGCCUGCGGCUGGUUACACUGUGUAUGAGCCUCCGAUACCAACAAUUUUAAUAAAUAUAUGUAGGUGUUCCUUUCCCCAUAUUAGAUUCGGUUUCUCAUCUUAUCAUAAAUGCACCAGGGCUCCUAGUCCCAAAACAUCCAUUUAAUUGCACUGUCUGCGCUUGCCCUUUAUCUCUUCCCUUUCCCUUACAGGAGGAGGAUGCAGAAUUUGCUUCGGAAUAUUCCUAAAUGGACACUUUGCUGGACAUACUGAAUGCCUCUACGAUGUUUUACUAUUCUGUGUAAAUGUGCUUAAAUAUACAUAUGAAAAACA